UUUUAUGCGUAGAUGUCGCUUUUACAUAAGAAACGAUCCACGAGUUUCUUAGCGGUUUAUUUGAUUUGAAAGUGAAUAUUUUAUAAUCGGGGAUUUUGUACGUUGUAGUAUGGAAACAGAUAAAAACAUAAGUUUAACGCAGCUGAAACGACAAAUCGAAGCGAUGAAAAGAGAAGUGGCCAAGAAAGAAAGAAAGUUAAAGAAAUUGGAGAAAGCAGCACAGUCCAGAUGGCAAAAUAAAGAUACGAGGGAAGAAAAUGUGAGUAUUGCUUCCGAAGCCGUGUUACAAAAGCAAAACUUAAAAGAAUCAGAAGGAAAAAAUUCGACCUUAAAUAAGAAAUGUGACGGUAUCUGCCAUCUUCGGAUUACAGAUGAAGAUUGUGAAUCGAGGUCUUUAGUUUUAAAAGAAGUCGAAGACACCGAUAAAUACUAUACGGAAUCGGAAUAUGAUGUAAAAAAUAAUAAUAAAUUCAAGAAAGGUAUUACAAAUUUUUCUAAAGAGCAGGCUAAGCCCGAAGAUAUCAGAAAUAUUGAUUCUAACUACCAGAAUUCAAAUUAUUAUUAUUUAAAAACGGUUACAUCGGAAAAACGGUCUUCUCUUUCAUCAGCUUCUUCGACGAAUGUCUCGGAUUAUGAGAACAAUUCCGUUGACAGUUCUAGCGUGUUACGACGAUCUGUUCGAUUGGCAAAGCGAAACAAAUAUUUAAGUAGAAACGUAGGUCCGACGCCCCCGAAAGAAAACGAAAAUAACGUAGAAGAAAACUUGAAAAUAAAAACGAUUUUUUCCUUUCUAGUUGCCGAAGUUAAACGGAUGAACGUCAAUGACUUUGUUUUAUCCGAUGAAGAAUUUUCAGUUAAAAGUAACAAUUUCAAAGAAUUUACCGAUGGUGUUAAAGAAACUGUUCCAAUAACCUCGAACGAAAGGAUAUCGGGAACGGAAACAGAAAUAUCGAAUAAUAGUGCAGAAUUACAUACGAAAGAAAUUAAAUGCGCAAGUCAAUUAGAAGAUAAAGAAAACGCGUCGACAAAUUUAUCGCAUUGUCUGAAAACGGAAAACAACGAACGCAUUGAGAAAAUACAUCAUUGCCAAAUAUCGGAAAGUAAGAACGAAGUAAUCGUUAUCCAACAGAUCACCACUUGCUCGUUUUGGACCAAAGACGGAUCGAGUUGGGCAUUAAAUUGCACAUACUGCGUCGAAAAAAAUACUUGUUUAUUAAGUUCCUGUCUCCUAUGCAAAAAUUCUGUUUAUUUGGUUGUGGCCGAAGAACGAAACUGUGGAUUAGAACUGAGCGUUUUGCGUUAUAUUUGGGAAAAUGGAAACCUGAGUAAAUUGUUCUCGCAAUCAAAUAUAAUAGAAAGAAAUAUUCAAGAAUCUACCGUUGUUCUAUGCAAGAUAGAGAAGUUAAAAUGUGCAGUAAUGCUAUCAAACAACGUAUCGACUAUAUUUAUUUUAAAUGUACGUGAGAAUGACGAUUGUUCUUUGAGUAGUCUUGACUCUCGUGUGGAAAUUAGCCUGACGUCACUUCUUCCAAUAAAAAAAUUACCCGAAAUGUUAUUGGGGUGUGGACCGAACUACUGUUAUGUUUGGAACUACGUAAGUGGUAAAAUGAUAUUCAAAAUAAAGGCAAGUAAAGAUACGAUUAUAGAUAAAUGUUUAUGGGCUCAAGCUGAAAAGGGAUUUCUUUUUUUAAUAAUUUCAACUAAUGCUAAUAUUAGUCUGGUUGUAAUAAACCCAAAUACUUCGAAACAAGCUAUUCUGAAAACAUACAGUCGAUGCACACAAGAUAGAUUAAUUUCAGCAAAAGAUAAUCAUGUUAUUUUGUUUGACAAGAAUACAAUUUCCAUAUAUAACAUAUUCACUGCAAAAAGGAUAGCAUUUUCAACUAUCAGAGAGGUGACAGUGGCAGAAAUAAUUAACAACAAAGUUCUGCUCUUGGGAUUCGAAAAUGGAUGUACUCAUCUAUACAAUUUAACAAAAAAUCAAAUCGGUAAAACAGAGCUGUAAAAUAAAUUUAUUGCAAUUCUUCUA